AAACUCUAGCAAGUAACUGGAACCCAAAACAAGAUUUAAAAGAAGAAAGAAUAAAGUUGAAUAAAAAGAUGAGCCAACAACAACUUAGGAAGCCUGAAGAAGAAGAAGCGAUCAAAUACGGAGAUGUGUUCGAUGUACAAGGGAAACUUGCCGAGAAGCCGGUGGCGCCUAAAGAUGCCGCCAUGAUGCAGAUGGCGGAGAACGCCUUGCUUGGCGAAACCAAGAAGGGUUGCGCAGCCGCCGCCAUGGUAUCUGCGGCAAUGAAGAAUGAGAAAGCCGGAUUUGUUGGUCACGAAGAUGUCAAUGUCGACAGCGCUGUUACUGUUGAAGAGACUCAUCUCGCUGGCAAACGUAUAAUCACAGAGUCUAUUGAUAAUGAGGUUAUCGGACAAUAUAGCCAGGCAGCUCCGUUGACAUCGGGACCUUACUCGUCUUGUGAACAGAGUGAGGAAGAGGGUGGGGGUGGUCCAAUCACUAUUGGAGAAGCACUGGAAGCAACGGCUCUCACAGCAGGGAAUAAGCCGGUGGAAUGGAGUGAUGCUGCUGCAAUACAGGCUGCGGAAGUGAGAGCAACCGGUCGUACCUCCAUAAUGCCAGGUGGGGUUGCCGCUGCUGCUCAGUCGGCUGCCACUCUCAAUGCUAGGGCGAGUAGAGAAGAGGAGAAGACCAAGUUGUGUGAUGUCCUAUCGAAUGCAACAGAAAGGUUGGGAUCAGAUAAGGCAGCAACAAGAAGAGAUGCAGAAGGGGUGGCGGUUGCAGAGCUGAGGAAUGAUCCAACCCUCACCACACAUCCUGCCGGUGUUUCAGCUUCUGUGACAGCAGCUGCUAGGCUCAACGACCAAAUUUCCAAAUGAUCCACAUCAUUCAUAUCUAUCAACCUAUCAACCUACCUGAUCAUAGCUUGGCCGAAGGACCAUUUGAAAUAUAAAUGUAGGAAGGUUUGAGCAAAAAUAUAAGUUUAGAAAAUGAGCGUAGACAAAAAAAUAAGGCCUCGAGUAAAGUAUUUUGGGUCGGACCGUCCGGCCCGAAGACAAAAAAUCUGUCUUUUUUUUGGUUUUGAAUGUUAUUUUCUUGUUAUUUUUUUUCCUAUUUUGCUAUAAUUUUAUUAUUAUGUUGUUACUAUUUUAUUGUUAUUGUUUGGAUAUUGUAUAAACUUAUUUUUUAUUAA